GGGGGCUUUGCAGGGGGGAACCAGGAUCAUCAAUGUUUUUAAGAGAUUGAGAGCACCACAAUAGACUGUAUGCUCUGAUUGAUCUCCUUCCCGCCCAUCUCUGUAACUUUCUUGACACAGGAGGCAAGUCUACAGGUCAUGGCGAUGCAACAGUAUUUGCGUGUGAGGGAACAUCACCGCCAUCCUAUAACAGCUCUUGGCUACCAUGCAGCUCGACGUGAGUGCCUCACGGGCUUUGAGGAUGGAGUGAUCAAAUGGUGGGACAUGGAGAAUGGCCGCAUGUCCUUGUGCACCAAAGAGCAUGCUGGCCGGGUCACACAGUUCCUGUCCUGGGUACAGGCACGUCUCCUCUUCUCUGCCUCCAAUGAUAGUUCUGUGAUUGUAUGGGCUCCAGGAGGCACAGUUCUUGACCGUAUUCAGCUAGGCUACCCUAUCUUCACCUUGGCAAUCAGCCUGGCUCGCCACCUACUGCUAUGUGGGAGCAAGGGACGCCUGGUGGCCUUCCCCUUGGAUGAAAGGAGAGAGUCUGGACACAUAGUCAACCUGAGCGAGACCCUUUUGGACCAGACACACACAGACAUUGUGUCCUGCAUUGCCUGCUUAGACAGCCAUAUAUACACUGCAGGGUAUGACAAAAGGCUGCUGAUCUUUGACACAUAUCAGUCUCCAAGCAGGACAGGACUAACAACCAAGCACUGUAUCUCGCGUGCCCACAGCGCAGCCAUCACCCAUCUGCUGCUAGUGCGCCAGCAAGAAACCACACGAGUGCUAUCAGGUUCUUUUGACCAAACAGUUGGCAUCUGGUCCCAGGAUGGGCAGCUGAUCCAUCGCCUCGGUCCCUUCACUGGGAACAUUACUGCACUGUGCUAUGUGGCAACUGUUGGCACUGUCUGGAUUGCCAGUGGAACAUCCCAACCCACACUCUAUGAACUCCAGUCUGGGGAGAUAGUUUCACAAUUCAUAUCCACAUUUCGAGGCCAACAGAUGGAGGGGCUUGUUCUUCAGCAGCUUCUUAGCCUACCAGAUUCAAGGUAUGUGAUUGGUUCAGCAAAACCCCAGCAAAUGGUGGUCUGGCGCUACAGUGAGUUGGGAUGCCUGAUAGUGCUGCCUUGCAAACACCCCUUAGAGUGCAUAGCUUAUGCUAAGAAGGAGCCUGUUCUGCUCUUCAGUGGGGACAGCAGUGGGAUGCUACAGAAAUGGGAGAGAAGCUACAUAUCCCCCUUUAUCUACAGCAUGGAGUCCUUCCACAUCAGUGAAACCCAUCUGGAGCGGCGAGGCCCGUUUGCACAGCAGAAGGAGAAGAGCAGCAAGGAAGAGUUACGGCCUCGUCCACAUUCUCCUCAAAAAUGGAGAAAGGCCUCUAGUGGACACCAGAGUGGCUACAGCCCAUUCUGGACCACAGCAAAGGACACACCAAAAGAAAGCAUAGGCUUCAUGAGGGCCCUUUUCUCUGAGGAGCUGGAUAUUCUGGUGGUGUCAGCAACUAAUGGAAACAUUUAUCUGUGGGAGUUUGAGAGCUUCAUCACAAGCAUCAAGUCCCCUGAUCAGGGCCAAGGUUCCAGAACCCCAGGACCAGCCGAUGCCCAAGAUGAGAUGGCUCAGGAUCCUUCAAGCAAGUGUAUAGCAGGUUUUGCAUGCAAAACUGUGCUGUGUGGGCACACAGGCAUGGUGACAGCACUCACCUUGGCAGGCAGAGACUCCAUCAUCCAUUCCUCCUACUUACUCAGUGGAGGAUGGGAUGGAAGGCUGUGUCUCUGGGAUCUGCAGAACCGAUCCUUACAAAAUGAGUUUUCCAAUGUACUUGGGAACAAUGGGCCCAUCCUUGAUAUGACAUACUCCCCAAAGAGGAGAGAAUUUGCUUUAUCUUAUAGCACUGGCAGGAUUUUUAUCUAUGCUUUCAAUCCUCACUGUGCCAGUCUGGUAGUGCUGGCUGAACUUGGGCACCAAGCUAGUGUUGUAGCCUUGGCCUGGCAUCCAUUGGAGGACAAGUGGGUCAGUGGUUCUGAAGAUGGCUCCAUUCAGCUCUGGAGUGAAGAUGGGGGGUGCUGCAUGAAGAAUUUGAGAGCCCCCAGAGGGAUCACUUGCCUUUGCAUUGACCAGGCCAAUGGCUGCAUUGUUGCAGGGGUCCAUGACACCAUCAGGGUUUAUGACCUGCACUCUGGAGUGCAGGUACAAAGUCACACAGGGCAUCAGGACUCCAUCAAGGGUCUCAUCCAUGUCCCAGAAAUAGAACAGUAUGUGUCAGUCUCACUGGAUGGCACAGUGUGCAUGUGGAAGGCAUACCAUCAGACUAACCGAUGACCCCGGACAGGUGGUGACUUUUUCUUACGCUGCAAGUUAACAAGAACCUGGACAUUGGAAGUCUCAGAUUUAUUGUUACACCAGAACAUUUGAAAAAGCUGUGCAAAAUAGAAGCCAGAAAAUAUCUGGGUGGGACUUCGGUGGUCAAGGAUGUGGCUUCAUUGCUGUGAUGCUUCUUUUCCCUCCCUAUAGCUUCUAGCCCUGGUCCAUUUGCCUCUUCCUCCUUCUUUUUCUGUGAUUGUAAUCCAUGUAAAAAUUGAAAGCUACGUUUUUUGAAAACCUAAACUUUGCAGUGAGAAUGAAUUAUCAACACUAAACAAUUCCAGCAAGUCUUGCUGCUGCUUGCUCAUUCAGCCUAUGAGUUCCGCAUGCAUGUUGCCAGAUCUCUCCAUGAAGACACAGGCAGGUAGAGUUGUUGGCCUCCAGAUGGAGCCUGCAGUUCUCCCAAAAUUACAACUGACCUCCAAGCUACAGAGAUCAGUUCCCCUGGAGAAAAUAGAAGUUUUGGAGGGUGGACUCAAUGGCUUCACAUUUCUGCUGACCUCCCUCCUCAAACAACAUCCUCUCCAGGUUCUAGGAAUAUCCCAGCCCAGAGCUGGUAACCCUACAGCAGAGGUAUGUGGAAAACAGGACCUAAAGGAAGGCAGGCCCACUUAAGAUGGCCCACCUGGCCUCAUCCAGAGCUCAAAUCAUUUCCAUUGCAGCUCCUCCUCUGUGGAAUGAGCUCUCUGAAGAAGUAUGAAAAACCAUUAGUUGGAGAUAUUUAGAAGGUGCUGCAAUGCUUGCUUGUUUGCCAGGGUAUUGAUGGGAUAUGAGCAGCAGGCAUCUUUUAAGGGUGAAGGGGUAUCCGGGGUUUUUAUUUUAUUAGGUUUUAACUUGUAAUGCUUUAAUUACGGCUUGUAAGCCACCUUGAGCCAAGAGGAAAGGUGAGGUAUCAGUGUUUUAAUGUUUAAACAGUCAUUCCUCUGGCAAAGAGGGAGAACAUUUUAAAUUUCUGGGGCUGGCUGGCAGAAGAGUCUCACACAAAAUCUUGAUUUUGUACUGAAGUUGUUCUGAAUCUGAUACUCUGUGGUUACUUCUGCAUGCCUAAUUAGAUACUUGUAAA